AUGUCUCAACCUCCAGGUUUUGAAGUCACUGACAAGACCCUAGUAUGCAGGCUCACCAAGGCUCUUUAUGGAUUAAAACAGGCUCCUAAGGCCUGCUGCACCUAUAUUCUAGUUUAUGUGGAUGAUAUUAUCAUCACAAGAAACAAUUCUGACUUAAUACAACUUCUAAUUGAUCAAUUGCAUUCUAAAUUUGCCUUAAAACAGCUUGGAAAUCUGGACUACUUUCUUAGGAUCGAAGUUAAACAUCUCUCCAAUGGAAGGAUACUGUUAUCUCAAUCAAAAUAUAUUAGAGAUCUUCUUUACAAAGCUGGAAUGGCAGAAGCUAAAGGAAUUUCCACUCCUAUGCCUAGUGGAUGCAAGCUAAGCAAAUUUGGCUCUAACUAUGUACCUGAUCCCUCGCUUUACAGGUCCAUUGUUGGAGCACUGCAAUAUGCUACAUUAACAAGACCUGAAAUUUCCUUUAGUGUGAAUAAAGUCUGUCAAUUUGCCACUUGA